AUGAUGCUUGCACAAGAAAGACCCUACAGAUCACCAAGGAGCCCAACCUCCAACCAGGACCGUUCGUGUCAUAUGAUGCCUCCUCCACAACGGAAAAUGGGUUCCGAGAGUCUCAAUAGCAGAACACUGAUGGUCUCGAAGCACGUGCCCCAAUCUGUUCUCUUGCCAUUGACUUUCGAAGAACCAACGAGGCAGAACUUUCCAUGUAACCGCUUUGCCCUUCGGCCUCGCAAUGAGGCCUCCUCACAGCAGACUCCAUCUGGGCAGACCACAGCCAGGAAGAGUGAAUCUCUUCCAGUAUUGGUGACACCAAGGUGUCAGAACCUGAACAGAGCGAAAAGGCGUCGUGAAGAUGAAAGCGACAGCGACAUCGAAGAAGACGAAGAACUAUGCAGAUUAAACUUUCCAAAGAAGCUGCUGCUGUCCUUUGAUUAA